CCAUUUGCUACUAUUGAUUACCUAAAAAACCCAAAGAUUCUAAGAGAAUAAAGAGCUUGGCGUGUAAAGGAGGAGCAGCAUGAUGCAUUAUGGUGGGUGUGGCGUUGGCUUUGGUCUGUGAUCACCAUAACUAAAAAGAGGGACCCAUGAUUUCAAAUUUCAGUUUGUUUUGAACGUUUGUUACCGUUGGUGAAGAAUCAUAGGUCCCAGAUUUAAACCUGGUUUGGUAAUGUUAGUGUCAUAAAUUUUGGUUCGAUAGAUGCAAUAAUUUGCAAUGGUGCCCCCUUCCCUCCCAACCAGAGAUAAGCAAAUAGAAAGGUACAAAGGAUGUUUCAUUCUCUGUUUUUGUUUUUCUUGUUUUAAAAAACCCUUCAUUAAAUUGAAACCAUACCCAUACAUUUUGUUUUUUGCUUGGAAGGGAUGGGUGUGAAUUCAGCAUAUAUUUGGUGUGCAUUUAGUUCUAUUGAAAUAGGACGUGCAACCUAACGUUAAAAAAUGUUUACAUGUAACACAUGCAACCACUUUUUAAGGGAUAAUGAAAUCAGUUAAUGGGUAAGAAUUUAGACAAUCAAUUACUCAAUAUCAUGAAUUAUUAAGUUGGUAAUAACAACAACUAAAUCUAGGACAAUUUUCCAUUUGUAACUCUCUACUUUAUUGAUUGCAACAACGAAAUAGAAAGAAAAGGAAAAUGAUAAAAAGAACAUAACAUUCUUGAAUAGGCAACACUGGUUGGUGCACAUUGGGAUUUCAGAUUUAUUGUCAACCCAUGCAUAUCUGACAAAACAGUGGAAGAUUGAAAAGAUCACCUAAUAAAUGAAACAUAAUCUAAAAUGUCACUGGGUAUAUGUGAUACUAGCUAGAUAGGCUUAAAUCUAAAUUUAAAUAAUUUCCAUUGGAGAAAACAAAAUGGGGUAUCUUCUGAUAUGAUAGCCUCUAUUUCAAUCUUAGAUAUGCUUUCCUUACUAAAGAGUAGAAAAAAUAUACAUUUCUUUCCUCUUUCUUUUCUUCUUUCCCAAUUUGCCACAGAUUAAGACAAUUUUAUUUAUUUAUUGUAAGCAAGGAAUCUGAUUAAAUGCUUGGUUGUUCAACAAUUUUUACUACUUCAAACAAACCAACCUAAAGGAAAUUAGAGAAUCUUUUUGUUUGAUCCUAAGCUACAAGCAAGUCCCUUUUUUGCCAAGUUUUUAAGGUCAAAGCUAGCCUUCGUGGUUUGGUUCUUUUGAAAAUUAGGCCAUUAGUUUUUUCUUCGAGAAUUAAAAACAGGGGUAAAAUGGGAAAUGUCCUUGUUUUAUUGUUCGUAUAUAAACUCUGAGAUUCCUGAGAAGACCGAGAAAGAGAGCGUAGAAAGGAAAACGAAAAAACAGAGUACCCGACAGAAUUUGAAAACAAAGGCUGGAAUUUGAAGAAACAGAGAUCGCUACUGGGUGUGAAAUAUAUGGCAGAGGUUGUUUUGUUAGUCGAUGAUUUGAAGCUGCUUUCUGGGGUUCCUCGCUGUAGAAUUUGUCACGAAGAAGAGUUUGAAAGCAUAGAAACCUUGGAAGCACCUUGUGCUUGUUCUGGAACCGUUAAGUUUGCUCAUAGAGAUUGCAUACAAAGAUGGUGUAACGAGAAAGGAAAUACAACCUGUGAAAUAUGUCUCCAGCAAUAUGAACCCGGAUAUUCAGCUCCACCCAAGAAGUCUAAGAUAAAUGAUGAAGCAAUGUCCAUUAGGGAGGAAGAAGAAGAGUCAAACGAAAGAACAGAGAUAACGGUUGAAGGAGUUGCAGUGGAAAGCGAUUACUCGGAAUGCAGUUCAGGCGGGGACAGAAACGCGUCUUGCUGUCGAUCACUUGCAAUAGCUUUUACGAUUGUCUUGCUAGUAAGACAUUUUUUCGCAGUGCUUUCAAACGGAACGCAAGAUUACCCAUUUACACUAUUUACUGUAAUUAUAUUAAAGGCUAGCGGAAUUAUUAUACCUAUGUACAUAGUUAUUAAGAUUAUUGGAGCCAUUCAGAACAGUAGUAAGCAGUAUCAAGAUUCUGAUGAUGAAGAUGAGAUACAGCAUAAUGUAAAUUUAAGACAUUCAUAGAUUAUUUGUUUACUGUAUAAGAGCAUUAUGAGAUGUUCGUCAAAUAACAUUUUGCGGCACAAUUUAAGAUAAUGGAAUUCAGAUCGGAAUGCACCUUCCCUUGCCCCCGCCCAACACUAAUAAAGUACUAGGUUAGGUACUUUGGGCGUCCGAUCCCGUUACAUACCAUACAAAAAGUUUAAUAACAUUUAUCUUACAGAUGUAA